UCCAUCUCGUGUCCUUAUAAUAUCAUUAAUUUGAGGUAUGGGUCUAAUAUUCGUAAAAUAACUAUCGAAAUGAACACGGAAAGCUUAUCGUUCAACAAGUGGGAGAGUUUCCUGUAAUCUUUCAUAAGCUUCUUCAUCAUGGCUUUUUUCAGUCUUGUAAAGUCAGUUCCUGUUUUGAUUGGUGCUGGAGUAGUAGUAGUGACAGUGGUUAUAAUCAAAUACAUUUUUGGCCGCAAACAAGGACCUCCAAAAUUACUGCAAGACUCAACUGCCAAGUACAGGAUCAAGCUAGUGGACAAAGAGAUUAUCAGCCAUGACACAAGAAGGUUUAGAUUUGCUCUUCCAUCACCGAACCAUAUUCUGGGACUACCGAUUGGCCAACACAUUUAUUUAAGUGCCAGAAUUAAUGGGAACCUUUGUGUUCGACCUUACACCCCCGUGUCCAGUGAUGAUGAAAAGGGGUACAUCGACUUGGUGAUAAAAGUGUAUUUUAAGAAUGUAAACCCAAAGUAUCCUGAUGGUGGUAAGAUGUCACAGUACUUGGAUAACAUGAACAUUGGAGAUUUAAUUGACAUUCGAGGUCCUUCAGGACUCAUUGAAUAUAUGGGUCGAGGAACAUUUGCCAUUAAACCAGACAAAAAGUCUCCACCAAGUGAGUGUACUGUAAGAAAUGUUGGGAUGAUUGCUGGUGGAACAGGAAUUACACCAAUGCUCCAGCUGGUUCGACAAGUGUUUAAAGAUCCAGAAGAUAACACCAACUUGUUUCUGUUGUUUGCAAAUCAGUCAGAAGAAGACAUUCUUCUGAGGUCUGAACUGGAAGAUCUGGCAGCUGAACAUACUGAACAAUUCAAGCUCUGGUAUACGGUAGAUCGACCCUCAGAAGGUUGGAAAUAUAGUGCGGGGUUCAUCAGUGCAGAGAUGAUUGAACAGCAUCUUCCUGCACCAUCAGAAAAUACCCUGAUCUUGAUGUGUGGCCCCCCACCUAUGGUAAACUUUGCCUGCCAUCCCAACUUGGACAAACUGGGCUACUCCAAGAAACAGAGGUUCUCAUAUUAGUAGUGUAGAAAAGAUGCAGUUAUACUUGAACAGCUCAACAAAUGCCUGUAAUACCACUUAUUAUUUGAGGUAAACAUGCAUAUACAGUUUGUGCUCCUCUAUAGAUUAAUAUUUGUUGUUAGUAGAUACCCAAAUCACAUUCAUGUAUAAUCAAAAUAUAUAAUCAUAGUAUUUUGGGUAGUAGGUAUUUUGAAAAUCUUUGUUUAAUACUCAACAAAAAUAGAUUCUCAUAUAAGUGUGUGUAUGUUCAUAAACAGAUUAAUACAUAUAACUCUUUAGUGACUUUUAUGGUAGUCCGGUAGUAAAUCCAUUUCUUAAAUAGUUGAGUUCAAACAUUAAUAUAUAUUUCCUUAAUAUAACUGCAGAUAAUGCAAGUUUUUUUUACAUUAAACUCCUUAAUGGCAUUAAAGACUAGCACUUUAAUUAAAUAGUGUCAUUUUACAUCAGAUACCUUUUGUUUAUAGAACCGUAGUUUUCUAGUGGCAGCUGUGAAUAGAUGUCCAAUUAAAUGGAUGUUCAAAGACAAAAAAAGCAGACCUGGUAUAAAGAACAAUUAAAUAAAUAAUUGUUUUAGAAAUAAAAGUAUAGUUUCAUCAUUCCCUGCUUUACCUUAAAUAGAUUUUGACCAUCAUAAAUAUUGUCAUUCAGUACUUAAAUGCAAUUGAUGAGGUAACAAAAUACCUUUUUUUCUAACGAAAGAUAAAGGUUAUUAUCAUAACCAGUUUUUGUCUUUUUUUAAACCUCUCACAGUUGAUAAAAUUAUCUUUUCCAGCAAACUUGAAAGACUAUUCAUACUUGAACAAUUCCUUAAAUAAGAGGAAAAAAAUUAUGUUAAGUUCCAGAUCAUCUUAAAGCCUGGUUAAAAAUUGUGUGAUUUUUAUUAAGUUCUUAUAUAUCAGUCUCAUAAUUUAGAUGUGAUCUACAAUAGUGAUAUAUGGCAACAAACUUAUUAAUUUAUAGACAUGAAGUGUUACUGUAAUAAUAUUUGAAAACUAUUUUAUUUUAUAAACUAUAUUAAAUAGUUUAUUUCUACAGUGCUCAUUUUGGUUCUAAUAACAGUGCCACUUUUACAAAAUACCUGUUGUUUACAAACAAGUGUUUCACUGCCCGUUCAGCAUGUCUUCGGGUCAGCUGUAAUAAUCGCACCAGUGCAAAUAUUGCUUAUAUGCUAAGAAAAUGAAUUUCACAGAGCUAAUUGUUUGUUAUUUCAUUCAAAGUUUUGGGAGCUAAUAAUGAUAGUUUUUUUUUACAUGUAAUAAAAAAUAUAUUGUUUGAAAAUAAAGAAUUCAAGAAUAAAU